AUGGCCCGCACAGCGAUGUCAAUGGAUUUGGCCAUGGUCCUAGUGACCAUGCUUUGUGCACGAGCCAUGGCUCAAUCAGAUUGCACAAGUGUUCUAAUCAGCAUGUCACCGUGCCUAAAUUACAUUACAGGGAACUCCUCAACUCCAUCCUCACAAUGCUGCACUCAGCUAGCUAGUGUUGUUCGCUCAUCACCCCAGUGCUUGUGCCAAGUUCUUAACGGCGGCGGCUCAUCACUAGGGAUCAAUGUCAACCAAACUCAGGCUAUAGCCUUACCUGGUGCUUGCAACGUGCAGACUCCACCUAUUAGCAGCUGCAAUGGUGCCUCUCCAGCUGCCUCACCUGCAGGAACAUCAGAAGCUCCAAGCUCCCCUUCAGGAACUGGAUCCAAAACUGUACCAUCAACACAAACAGCUGGAACAUCAGGUGCAAGCUCCAUCGAAUUCUCAAUCCCUUUACUGCUCCUCCUUCUCUUUGCUGCUUCAUAUGGUUCAGCCUUCACAAAGGUUUUCUGAUCAGGCAGUCAGAACCUUUCACUAAACCUUGCAUCUUGCAUAUUCUUGGUCAUUGUUGUAUUUUAUAAUAUAUUACCGAGUGUCAUCUUGGUUGAGGGUGCAUGUAUUGUUUAUUUUUUGCGACAUCUCAAGAGAUUGGUGUAGUUUUGUAUUGCUGGAGAUGUUAUGCUCUCUUCCCUUCCAAGCAAGACAUUUAUAUGAUCCAUGCUUGAAGGACAUCAGACAGAUUUUUCAUGUUA